CGGCUGUCUGUCAUCAGUGUUGCCUUUAAAACAGGAACUCGUACUGGGGGAAGUGGUGUGUUGGCAUUUUGGAGAAAUGGGGAUCGAAGUACAAUAAAACUGUAAAUGAUAUCGUUCCGCGUGUCCACAAACAACAACCAGGCAUUUCUUAAUGCAGAAACACCUCUACUAAGCGACAUAUUCUCUCGAUAAACAAGAGCAGUGCUGAGGAAGGAGAAUGGGGAAGAAGGAUGCCAUAUCGACCGGAUUACCAGUUGAUCAGUACCGAAAACAAAUUGGUAAGCAGGACUACAAAAAGACAAAGCCAGCUUUGAAGGCCACGCGGCUGAAAGCUGAAGCUAAGAAGUACUCCUCUGGAUUCAAGGAUGCAUUCCUGGUGAUUGCAGCAAUCCUUCUCUUUGUCCUGUGUGUCUACGCCUUCUUCUACCUCAACCUGAGCACCGAGAUCAACCUGGACGUGGAUGUGGAUUAAUUAAAGGUGGACCGUGUCGUGAAGACGUACACACAUCAAACACGAGGACGGGACACAGUCUGUUAGCUUUUUUACACACUUUUGGUGACACGGUGACAACAAACUGCCUCUUUAGGUGAAAUGAGAAAAUACAUCGAAUAUGUGUCGGGCUUUUUUUUAAAACUUGCAUCAUCUUGUAUCUGCCAUUGAAUUUCUUCUUUCCCUUUAAUUUCUGCAGGGGAGCACAUAAACUGUAAUCACUGUACUGACACGUAUUUUACCAUGGUUCUACAUUCAUAAAUGUUAGUUUCUUCUAUUCUUUCCCCGAGCCUGCAUCUGGAAGCUUCGAUUCUUUUUCCCUAAAAUAUUCAGUGACCUCUCGCAUUGUGGCACUUUGACUUUCUGCUACAAAAUCUACAAACGGCAAAGAAAAUGAGCCUCUUUCUCGAAACUACGAUCGAGACCAAGCCUCUUGUUACAGUAAUCAUAUUUUGCAGAGUCACGUCCCACUGUUUUCUCCACUAAUAGAAAAAUGUAAAUCUCCCACUGAACCUCUCGUCACAUCCAGACAAACACUUCGCCUCACAUUCCAGUGCACAAACCUCUCCUCCCGUAUGUCUGCAGAUCACAAAGUGUGAGAUUAGAAUCCAAAAGCCCUCGCCCUGAUUGGAUGUGUGUGCAGAAUACAGAACAACACAUUCUACCUGCCACACAUACACACCGCCCAGAGACAGACAUCCACAGGGAUUAGCAUUACAAAGAUGAUCCUGUUCUUUCAUUUAAAUGAAAAUUACAGACAUGAGUGAGGACUGAAUGGAGAUAAGCCUGUAUGUUUCUCAUAAGGAAAACCUUGACAGUUAGUGUCUUGUCAAAUGUAUGUAUUGUUGUCCCCUUAAGGAUGUGAUGUGUCUAUAUGAAUAGUAUUGUCAAACCCUCAGUCUCUUUACUCUUUUUGCAUUAGUGCUGCAAAGUGCGAGGACUGACCUUCCAUCAACCAUUACAGUCAAAGGGCUUCCAUUGUUAAAGAGAUUAUUUGUUGGUGAAGGAGUGCAGACUCUGGCUUUUAUUUCAUCCAUUAUCUUGCAGAUUUGUUCAUUUAGUUCCUUUUUUGUUCAUUAUUAAUAUUUCUAUUCCAUGUUUAUCUUAGUACCUCAACUAGCAAUACCAAUACUGUUCUCUUAAAGGCAAUUGAUGCAUUGUUUAGGAUAUGACUCUUAUAUUAGUGAAAUGCAUAAAAGGCCAAUACCAAA